GCCUCACACGCGCUCACUCUCCUCUCGCUGUCCCACGCACGCAAACGCGCAAACACGCACACACAUUUGCAGGUGUCGAGGAUGAAGACGUGCGGGUCGUCGUCGCGGUGCCUCCUGAUGCUCCUGCUGGCCGCCUGCGCCUCCCCCUUGGCAGCGCUGACGCGCGCCAACCCCGGACGCGACGCCGCGCCGGGCUCCUACAAGCAGGACCGGCCGGGCCCGUCCCCGGCGGAGGCGCUCCUUUGGGACCUCCUGCAGAUGGCCAACGAGGCCGCGGACCAAGACGAGUGGCGAAAUGGCGCCGAGGGGGCCGGGGAGCGCGCGGCGGCGCUGACCAGGUCCGUCGGCGGCGGCGGCGGCGACGCUGGUCUUCCUGCGCCGGUGGGCCCUCGGGAGCGCAAAGCGGGAUGCAAGAACUUCUUCUGGAAAACCUUAACGUCCUGCUGAGCCUCCUCCUCCUCCUCCUCCUCUUUCAUCUUUUUCAUGUUAACUUGCAAUAAAAACAUU